AUGGAAGGAGACGGGCGACGGCGAGAGUGCGAACUAAAGAGUGCGGAGAAUGUAAAGCCCAGGGCACAGCAGGAAACCCGGCGCGGAGAUGUGAGCCAACAAAUGAGCUCAAUAAAGCACACGCAGGGCCAGCUUCCUCCGGGGGCAGGAUCCGUGUUCUUCCAGACAGGAGGUGACGAAGAGUGUGUGGCCAUUGCUCAUGCUCCGUGUCUCUGCCUCUUCAUCGCUGUUUACUCCCCACAGCCAACCGCAACCGCCUCCCAGCUCCUGCUUCAGGUCUGA